AAUAAAUCAAUCACAGCUACAGACUGGUAGCCAUUAUGAUCUAAUCUGACUGUUCUGGGUGGCAAUGAACUCUUCCUCUGGUUCACUGCCCAGUAUCCUGGCAUCAUGUGGCUCCUAUAAAGGCAGUAGCUCCAAGCACACCACACAGAGGGUCCGGACUCCAUUAAACCGCCGCCUUGCUUCCCAAGCUAUCCCUUCGGCCAUGAAGCUCCUGUUCCUGGUCUUUGCAUCCCUUGGAUUCCUGGUGACUCCAGCCAGCGGGGGUGGGUCGAGCUGUGGGCUCAAGUUCCCAGGACCCUGCAGGCUGCACUGCAGCUCCCCGGAGAGAUCCACCUUCAUGUGAGACAGGAGCAAACAGCGCUGCACCAAAGACCACGGGAGGCCCAUCGCGCCACCGCCUGUCCACAGAUCGAAGCAGCUCUGCAGAACAGCUACCAAAAGCCAAACCGAGAAGCAACCGACGGCUACGACGCCACGACCACGAUCUACGAUACCACAGCCGCGGUGCACAGCGCGACACCAUCUCCAAGUAGUCCCAGUACUGUUAGCCCCACCCCCACGAAUGGUGGAGGCUCCCUCCUUCCGCGGCUCCGGUUUAUGGCCCAUCUCAAAGCUCCUGUCUUCUACAACGCUCUGCCAUCCACUUAAUAAACCCUGGCGUCUGUAUCUAGCCCACACGAAGGCCUCCCAGUUGGACUCCUCCACGGGGUAUGUUGUCAGUUUGGGGGCUCUAAGACCUAAUACCAAGACAGAGUUAGGCACGAAAAGAUUUCACUGAGGGGGAAACACCUGUGGCAGGAGGAGGGGAGGAGCAGGAGGCAGGGGAGCCUUCAGACUGCAAAGCGGGUCUGAUACCUGUGAAAGGAGAGGGACGGGAGGACUGGAGAGGAGGAGCCUGAGAUUACAGGUCUAGGGCUGAUGGAAAGGCACGGAGCCCCUCAGAGGAGCCCCACCCAGGGCAAGGAGCUCCAGGCUGGAGUAUCCCAUGGGGUAUAUAUAGUCCAGGGCUGGGAGCAGCCCCUGGAGAACAUGGCCUUGGGUAAAUGCUACUGCAGAUCUGGAAGUAUGGCAACCGGAGGCUGUCCACCAGCUACAUCCUCACAGCCGCUUCUCUUGAAGGGAGGUCUGAGCAGUGCACCUCCAUGGCUGCCACAAAGCAGGAGGUGAGAGAGAAGAGGGCUGAAGGUGCACGGUUUGGCCAGCCAUGUUGACCGACUGAUGAGGUAUUCAUUUACUCGUUUGUGUAAUAAAACGGACAAAAUGCAGGCAUCCAACAUCGGUAACGGUCUCAGAAAGCAAGGCCGCAAUGGUGCUUGGGACGCAAAUGUGCCCCCUCACAAUAUAGGAACUGGCACAGCCCUGUUGGAAAGUCAAGUGGAAAUAAGAACAAAGAAACAGAACUUCUGCGUGUUUA